AUGGUAAUCGGUGAUCAACCAGCAGGCCGACGUCAUGUAAAGCCAUUGGCAUCAAAAGGUGAAAAACCAGCUGGCUAUUGGUUCAAACAGCGCGGUUUUACAGAUUCUUCAUUCGAUCGUCGACAAGCAACAACAACUGGUGUCAUGCUUAAUCAAAUUGCUGCUUCAAAGGUAGCAGCAACUUCAUCAGAUGUUUCAUCUGUUAAUAAUCGACGAUUUCCGAAUCCUUCUAAUCGUGUAUCCGAACAUGAUAAUAGAAACUCAAUACAGAACUAUGGGGAAUAUUUCGGUCGAGGUUAUGGUAAACGUUUAGGAUUGAAUACAUCGGUAUACAAUCAUGAUUGGAUUUUUUUAAACGAGCCACGUCCUGCACAGCCUGAUCGAGGUUUAACACAACAGGACUAUCGUGGCUUGCCUCCACUUGAAAAUGCACAAUCGAUAGCAGCAGCGGCAUUCAUGACAAGAAGUCAGAGAAAACCCAAUGAUCAUUGGAUGACAAGUUGCUAUGAUGAUUUCGGACGAAAUGUUGAAUGCAUACCAAGUGAAUUGAUUUAUCGUGAUGAUUACAAACGAAUGCCUGUUCAUCCUUGGCAUUAUUAA